UACACAUUUUAUCACUUGUUGCAGCCACGCCAAAAUCAAUAGCAAUGACACCAGACGUAAAGACUCCGUUUCCAAUGACGCCCCCAAUAAACCAUCAAACUAAAGAAACCACAAUGGGGCCACCUAUGAGGAAAACAACUGAAGAUUUUAAUAAAACACCGCCUGCAAUGACACAAAAUGGUACCACAAUGGCACCUUCACAGAAUAACACAACUGAAGAUUUUAACAAAACAUCAUCAACAAUGAAACACCAAAAUGAAAGUAUGACAAUGGCUCCUCCUCAGAGUAACACUACUAAAGAUUUUAAUAAAACAUCAUCAACAAUGAAACACCAAAAUGGAAGUAUGACAAUGGCUCCUCCUCAAAGUAACACAACUAAAGAUUUUAACAAAACGCCACCAACAGUGAAACACCAAACUGGAAAUACUACAAUGGCACCUCCACAGAGUAACACUACUGAAGAUUUUAAUAAAACUCCGCCUACAGUGUCUGUUUUUAAUUCAACAAUUCCAUCCACACAUCACCCAUCCUCGUCGAAUUUCACAACAUCGCCGACCGGGCAGCAAGGAGCAAACUCCACAAAUAUAAACUUUACAAACGAGUCAUCAUCCACUGCCAAGCCUAUGACACCGGAAGUUGCGAACGUCACCUCGACGCUGGGAAUUGGGAAUGUUACCACUCCGUCGAAGACAGACGUAACAACCAAUACACCAUCACCUCCGACGACGUGUGAUGACCCUCUCGGACUGUCUGAUGGUCUAAUAACGGACGAUAAGAUAAUGGCGUCCUCCGCAGCGCCAGGUCAAGACAAGGGAAACGUCAGACUGGACUGUUGUAAAGACGACUUUGGUGCCAGCUGGUGUCCGGAUGACAGCGACCCCUACCCUUGGAUAGAAAUUACUUUACCGCAACCCAAGUUUGUGUCGGCCAUCUUGUUCCAGCACCCUGCACGUGGCAUGAUGCCCCACCUUCCAGAGAACUACGUUACAAGUGUUACUGUUAACUACGUGCCCGGAGGCGCCCUCGACAAAAACCACUUCAUUAACUUUCACAAGCUCGAGUGUCCUCUUGUCCUCCCCAGUUUAUAUGUUGUCAGGGGAGGACUAGAGGACACUCGAGCUAGGACGUAUCUAACUGGUUGA